AUGAUCAGUUCUUCACCCAGAAAAACUUUGACUCUGCAGCCUGAAAUCCUCUUAGUAUUUGACCCUAAUCCAAACAGAGAGGUGAUAGGCUUCAAGUUGGACCAAAGUCAGCCAGCCAUCAGCGUAAGGAGCAUGCAAAUCAGAAGACAGCAAGCAUAUGGAUCCGUUUCGGUGCAGAAGAACCGUCACAACUUUCAUGUCCCUCAUACGGAUCUGAAAUGCGGCGCAGGUCCAGGAUCCUCCGCGUUUCCUCGCGCUGCUGCAGCACAGGACGCACAGAUGAAAGGCUGCAACAGAACGCUGCGCUCGCGCCCCCGUAAACACACCAUCCAGUCCAUGUGGAAGAAUGGCACGAUGGAAACCUUUACUCCAUGUGACUCUGAUAUCUGUGAUGACGAUGAGUUUAUUACAAGAGAACCAGGAGAAAAAGGACAAAAAGGAACGCCUGGCAGGCCAGGAAGAGUCGGCCCUCCAGGAGGGAACGGAGAACCUGGGCUUAAAGGACAGAAAGGAAUUAUGGGACAUCAUGGAAAAUUUGGCCCAAGUGGAAUAAAAGGAGUUAAAGGUGACAUGGGCAACCCAGGACCUAGAGGUCCUAACGGAGAGCCAGGUGUUCCAUGUGAGUGCGCGUCAAUGAGGAAGAUGAUUGGAGAAAUGGACAUCGUCGUGGCUCACCUGUCCUCAGAACUGAACUUUAUUAAAAAUGCUGUUGCAGGCAUAAAAGAGACAGACAGUAAGGUCUAUCUGUUGGUGAAGGAGGAGAAGCGCUACGCCGACGCCGAGGCUUACUGCCAGGCGAGGGGGGGGCACCUGGCCAUGCCGAAGGACGACGGAGCCAACGCGGCCAUCGCCGGCUACAUAACAGAGGCAGGCCUGAGCAGAGUCUACAUCGGCGUUCACGACCUGGACCAGGAAGGGCUUUUCACCUACGUGGACCGCUCCCCGAUGAGCACCUUCAGCAGGUGGAGGCAAGGGGAGCCCAACAACGCCUACGAUGACGAGGACUGCACGGAGAUGGUGGCGUCCGGGGAGUGGACCGACGUGGCCUGCCAUCCCACCAUGUUCUUCAUCUGUGAAUUUAACAAAGACUCUGUGUGAGAACGAGGAUAAAACCACACACAACUGGAGCAAUUAACUACAUUAGUCAUGAAUAGUCAUGAUUAAUCGAUAGUUGAAAUAAUCUUCAACUAAUUUAGUAAUUGAUUAAUCAUUCAAUUAAUCAUUUACUGGAGUACACUGAUUUUAAAGAGGUUGUUUGCAAAAAGAAAGACAUACUCAAAGAUGUAAUUAAGCCAAAACUGAACAAAAAUAUAGAAAUUUUGCAUUUAAGAUAAAAUAUAUGUAUUUGUGUAUAAAUCUGUUCUAUCCAGUCAGAACUUCUCCUAACUUCAUGUGGUUCAAAAUCUUCAAUUAAAAAAAAGAAAUCUAUCUCCUGUAAAGAACAUUUUCCUACCUAACUAUUAAUUGGUUCAUCCAAAAAUAAAUAAACCCUACACUGCUUUGAUGUUAAGUCAAGAAGAAAGGUCUGGGCUUUUCACAUGUUGAUGUUAGAAGUAUUUUUUACAGUGCAAAAACACAAAAUCUUUUGUGUAUUUUACAAAGUAUUUUA